GAAGCUUGUGGCAGCAGAAGGGGAUUUCUCUUUUUUCCUCCUUUCCCUCCUUCCAUCAUGUUGUAGCCUCGUCAUCUGUUUGGGGGCAACAGUAAAUACCGUCUAAUGAAAGCUCGUGUAUGUUCUGGUGGGGGGGAUUCGCCAUCCGAAACCGAUCGGCUCCGUCUGCACGCUAUAGGUAAUGAACGACGAGACAGAAUCGGAGAGCUGGAAGAGAAACUCCGGGAGCUCCAGUAUUGAGCAAAUGCUGGCUGUGAAUCCCGGAAAGACGCCCAUCAGUCUGCUGCAGGAGUAUGGAACGCGGAUAGGCAAAACCCCAGUGUACGACCUGCUGAAGGCCGAGGGACAGGCCCACCAGCCCAACUUCACGUUCCGCGUCUCCGUCGGAGAGAUCAGCUGCACCGGCCAAGGGCCCAGCAAGAAAGCAGCCAAGCACAAAGCAGCCGAGGCUGCUCUGAAGAUGCUCAAGGGAGGCUUCGGAGGCCCAGCUGGAGUCACUCUCGGAGAGGAAGGUUUUACUGAAAUUGAAGUGUCCGUAGAGGGAGACAGCUCUCAGUCAGAGAUGAAGACCUCAAACAGUUCCCAGCAGUCUGAAUGUAACCCUGUAGGCGCAUUGCAGGAGUUGGUGGUGCAGAAAGGAUGGCGUCUGCCAGAGUACACGGUCACUCAGGAGUCAGGUCCUGCUCAUCGCAAAGAGUUCACCAUGACCUGCAGAGUGGAGCGAUUUGUAGAAAUUGGUAGCGGCACAUCUAAGAAGCUGGCCAAGAGAAAUGCAGCCGCCAAGAUGCUUUCCCGGAUACACGACGUGCCGGUGGAUCUGCGGAGCAGCAAUGACGCCGAGGCAGAAGAAGACACGUUUAACAUCCACAUGGGCAGCCGAGCGGAGACGGGUAAAAGUAAAGGCUACAGCUGCACGUGGGACUCCCUGCGUAACUCUGCUGGAGAGAAGAUUCUGCAGCUGCGCAGCCACCCUCUGGGCAUGCCGUCAGACUCCAACUUCUGCUCCCUGCUGAGCGACCUUUCCACAGAGCAGCGCUUCGACGUCAGCUACCUUGAUCUAGAGGAGCGCAGUCUCAGCGGCCUGUGCCAGUGUCUGGUGGAGCUGUCCACGCAGCCAAUCACAGUGUGCCAUGGCUUCGCUCAGAACGUGGACUCCGCACGAGCCAACGCGGCCCACAAUGCACUGCAGUACCUGAAAAUCAUGGCAGGAGGGAAAUGACGGACCUGCUCCGUUUCCUUUCCACAGACUGGAACUCGCCACUACACAAUAUGCCAUCAGACCUCUCCUAUUCAGAUGAAGGAGGUACUUUUGUGACAUAUAUUAAAAAAGAAAACGGAAGCCUCAGAUUCAACAAUAAGACUUUUCCCGCCCUGAAAUUCACACCUGGAGUCAUUUAUUUCAGUUCUAUUGAUGUUUGAUAGGUGCUACUGUUCAUUUUGCUGCCUAAAAUAAAAAUAAAAUCCCUGUACAAUUUUUCUUAUUUGUUACAAAUUGUUUAAAAAAACCAAACAUAUUUUUCCCUUUUUUUUUUCCUUUUAGCCUGAUGUAAUCCAAAAUACUUUCUUAAAAAGAGACGAUAAAUGAGUGUAUAUCAGAAGUUUUAAAAUGUUGUAUCCAAGUAAACAAUGUUUUGCAGCUAAAUAUUUUUGAAAAAAAAAACCCUCGGUAGGUUAUAUUACUAGCUAGAUAUAGAGUUAACGGUAUUUAUUAGUCCUACCGAAUUAAGUUUAUGUGAAUGGAUGGGAAAGAAACUCCCAGUCUGUCUGUCAGAAAAUGUAAUGAUUUUAGCUGCUAUCCCUUAAAGAAAUGUGCUUCCACCAGUCUAUAAAAGUUAAGACUCCAGUGACCGUUUAUCAUCGUAAUUUUCUACGUUUUAAAUUAUGAAGUCACAUUAGCUGUAAGUCUUUGAAAACGAUACGGCGCCCUACAUAUUUAUUGGCACCUCUGGUAAGGAUGUGGAAAUGGUCCUAUAAACUUAUCGUUUAUCAUCUGCACAUCUGGGAACAUUUGGAAAAGUCAAACCUUUAUUCAAGUCUUUUCAUCCAGUGAGGGGAAAAAAUCUCCUGAUAAUUCUUUCAAAUAAAUAGUUCAUCUUUUUUCCCCCCUGGCGUAUAAAUCGUUAUGUGACAUGAACGCCAAUCUAAUAAGCCACUCUUCAAAAUGGGAAACACGAUAGAACUUGCCAUUAAAGUUGGGCAGGUGCGAGUUGAUCUCCAUAAAUCAGGGAAUGAGAAGAAAAUGGAUACUCUCUUAAACCUGCCUAUGUCUACAUGCAGAGUAACAACACGUGUAGGUCAGCGAUGGACCCUUAUUUGGGGAGGAUGGUAAUGAAGGCAAGAAAAAUCUCCAAAAACCUCACAGUGAUAAACUGUAGCCGAGGUUGUGCUGCUGUGGCUAAAGGUAAAUUUAGCUUAAGGUUUUUUUUUUUUGACGUUCUUACCAGGGCUGCAAAUAAAUGUGGUUGCCAAAUAUGAGUCAUCUUUGACAAGUUUCACAAGUAUUACCAUCACAAAGCUCUCUAUUACUAAUAGUCUGUGAAUUAGGAGCUUUGUGAGACCACAGCUGUUUUGAAGUACAUUUACUCCUGAAUUGCAGCCUUUACUUAUUAUGCAGUGGCUCUCAUCUAUGUACACACCCUUGUUAAAAAUGCCAUGUUUUGAUGAUGUACAAAAUUCAGACAUGAUCUAUAAUUUUAAAAAUGUUUCUGACAUUUAAAGUGUCAUAUAUCCUGUACAAUUCAAGUGAAACAUUUUUUUUAGAGGAAAAAUGGAUAUAAAGAAGGCUGCUGUUACCUGUUAGCAUGAAUGUGCACUUACCUAAUCUGUCAAUUAUUGUGAAUCUAACGAUCCUGAAAUAAAGUUCUGUAUCCUUGUAGGA